GUAGUCUGUUUCAUACAUUUGUUAUUAACAUUUUAACGUCUUUAUGUCUCACACAACGAGUAAAUAUAUUGAAUGUUAGAAUUUCGCUUGGAAGGAUAAUCAUAUAAUGUUAAAGGGAUUUAUGCACUGUACGUAAUUUGUCGUAUUGAACAAAAAACGAAAGGUAGAAGACAAAGAUGACUUCCUCAGACUAUAUAAAGCUCGACCAUCUUAAAGUUUUUGUUGAUAAAGCUGUAAAACCUGUUUGCAGAGCACUUUUUAUGAAACGCUAUAAUGACUUAAAGCCAAAUGAGGUUGAAAGUAACGCUUGGACAGUUGAGCGAUUCCUUGAAAGUAAUAAAGAUAAAAUAUUGUCAGACAGAGCCGGAAGACAAAAAGAAUGGAUUCUUUUUCCAAGUAUUCCAUCUCAUACAAAUACAGAUAAGUGGGACUCGAGUUUAAUGUGCUUUCUACUCAUAGAAACUUGUAAUCUGAGUAAGGUAUUACGAACAAAUCUGAAGAUGUUAAAAGAGUAUCUAGAUACCAUUGAAGAGAUCAGAAAAUCAAAUGUUGCAGAAGAUAAAUACGAAGAUUACCUUGCAGAGUUAAAAUCAAUCGCAAGCAUAUGCCUGUCUGAUAUAAAAGAUAAAGAGCUGCAAAAGAAGAUUGAUGAAGUAAGUGACCACCUAGAGAGGGAAAAACAGACAAAGAAACAAAAUACAAUUCAGGAUAAUGAACACAGAGUAGUCCUGAAGAAAAGAUGUGGAAAUUCGGAUGAAAGCACCGAGAUGAUUGAUGGCGACAGGCUCGAAACUUACAACGAGACACUGAGAAAUUUACUCAUAAGGCUGCAGCCAUCGUCUCAACAUGUACAGGAAGAAAAAGAUUCAAAGCAAGAAGACAAUGAGGAAUGUUUUGUAGAUUUUAAGGAUUCAAAACAAGAAGACAUUGAGAAAAGUGUAACAAUGGAAUUAACAAAACUGAAAGAACAAGAAGAGGAAAUGGAACUCGAUCUUGAAAAGGAGACGAAUAAAAAGCUAAUGGAUCAGCCACAAGACUCAGUUAUGCUUGAAAAGUUGUAAACAGAAUAGUUGGCAUAAUAUUGUCUUUAAAUGCAGUUAUGGCUUGGAUGUAAAUAUUUAAAUGGUUCUUUAGAGAAUGGAAUAAGAAAGCCGCGUUUUAGUGGCAGUAGCUGUUACACAUUUAUAGUAAGAAUAAUUCCUUUGUUCAAGCGCACGACUCGGCUUAUAUAAAGUUUGUUAUAAGCCCGACGGAAUGUAUUAUGUUAUGACGCUGGUUUCCGUCUGUUCGUCCGUCCGUCCGUCCGUUAGAAAGAAUUAAUCCUUUGUUCAAGCGCAUGACUAAGCUUAUAUUAAGUUUGUUACACGCCGGAUGGGACGUUUUAUGCUAUGACCCCGGUGUCCGUCUGUUCGUCCGUCCGUCUGUUCGUCCGUUAGAAAGAACUGUUCCUUUGUUCAAGCAUGACUCAGCUUAUAUUAAGUUUGUUAUUAUAUACCUAAGAUUAUUUUCCAUUGAGUUUCAAUGGACCGCGAUCGUGCAAUAUGUUUCCAUAUUGACCUGGAACGCUUUCAUAUCGGACGUGGAAUGUUUUCUUAACGUUGUAAUGGAAAGAAUCACGUGACGCCUAUGGUGUCCACGCGCACGUUGCGACAACAAGUUGACGUCAUUUUCGCGGAAAAUAUUAAUGCGCGUCACUUUGAUUUUGUUUAUUACAUUUUCGGAGAAAUUCUUUUCGUAUUUUUCCUGUCUUUAGUUACAAAACGAUAUUUAGACAUAAAUUAUUUAUUUGAUAGUAGGUAUGUAAUAAAAAGGUUAUCAGCUUUUUUAUGUGGAUACAUGCACUUGUUCUUUCGCGGAUAAUAUUACACUUCUAAAGUCAUGCAGUAUUACCGCUGCAGAACUCGUGCAUAUAUCCACAUACAAAGUUAAUAACCUAUAAUUAUACACCCGACGGGGCGCAUUAUGUAAUGACACCGGUGUCUGUCCGUUCGUCCGUCACACUUUUGUCCGGGGUAUAAGUUAAAAGUAUUAAUCGCAUUUCAUUGAAACUUCAAAAAGGAGGACAUUGACGAAAAGUGCAGUGUCAAAGAACCCUAAAUCUGCUUCAUAUAGUUUUUUUAAUUAUCUCCCUUUAUUUUACAAAAUAAGUCUCGUUUGGAGCAUUUUUUGAAAAGUACUAAUGGCAUUUCAUUGAAACUUUACAAAAUGAUAGAUGCCUUUGACGGGAAGUGCAGAGCCAAAGAACUCAACUUUACUUAGUUUUUUAAUUAUCCCCCUUUAUUAUACAAAAUAAGGCUUGUCUGGAGAAUAACCUGUAAAGUAUUAAUGGCAUUUGUUUGUAACUUCACAUUUUCAUAGAGGUCAUUGAGACAAAGUGCAAUGGCAAAGAAUCAUAACUCUGCCUUACCUAGUAUUUGAAUUAUCUCCCUUUAUUAUGUAAUAUAAAGCUUCUCCGGAGUUUUACUUGGAAAGUAUAAAUGACAUUUCGUUGAAACUUCUCAAAAAGAUAGAGGCCAUUGAUGGGAAGUGCAUUGUCAAAAAAACAUAACUCUACCUAGUUCUUGAAUUAUAUCCUUUUAUUAGACAAAAUAAGGCUUGUCCGGAGUAUAACUUGAAAAGUAUUAAUGAUAUUUGAUAGAAAAUUCGUAUAAUCAUACAGGCCAUUGAGACAAAGUGCAGUAUUUAAGAAUCAUAACUCUACUUUACCAUACCUGUGACCUUGAACUUUGAUCUGUUGAAUUCAAAGUUAGUAGGAGUCAUCUACCUACCAGAAAUAAUGUCUUUGUGAAGUUUGAAGGUUCUAUGAUAAAUAGUUCUCGAGAUAUUGAUGGAAAAUCCUUUUUGUAAGUUUAGGUCCUUAUGACUUUGACCUUUCCUCUGUUGAACACAAGAUCAACUGAGAUCAUCAUCAGACGUAGGUCAAAGUCUCUUUGAAGGUUGAAGGUUAUAUACAUUUUCUCUUUAUUAUGCGAUUUUUUUCAUAUCUCCAAAGCUGUUUUACGCUAUUCCAAGAUCUUUUCUCAUAAUUAUGAGAAUGCUGUCUCGCAGUUAAAAGAUAUAUAUUCAAGAAGCAUGACACGAUUUGCCUUUCGUAUAUUUUGUUUUAUUAUAUGGGUUCAGGUUUAUGAAUAAGUAACAGAUAUUUGUUGCAAGGUAUUUAAUGUUUGAAAGUAACAAUUCCUAUUUUUAAAAAGUCGUGCUUAAUGGAAAAUCCCAUCAAACAAAAAAUAUAUUUUGAAAGGUGAUGACCAGUUUCUGCCAAUGAAAUUAAAUUCUAAUCGGGUAAUAUCGUACGCGUGUUUCAAACAUGAUUUUGUUUUUGAAAACUGUUUUAAUUUUGUAUCAGAAAAAGUGUUUUAGAAUUGCUUUGUGUAAAUAUCGAAAGUAGUAGAUAUAACAACAUAAAAAGAAUAUACAUAUUAUGUAACAAUUGAAACAUGAAAGUAUUAGAAGAUGAAUAUAAUUCUUAUUAGUCUGUCCAAAGUGUAGAAAUUUGACUCAGAAAUAUUUGAAAAAAAAUCAAAUUUGAAAACCUCAUGUCUGUCCGAACAUAAUAAAAGUAUUUACAUACUUUGCAAUUAAUUUAAAGAAUUUAAAGGAUGAAUAUUAUAGUGUAUACUUCUCUUGACAUUGUUUUUCAUAUCUCCAAAGCUGUUUUACGCUAUUCCAAGAUCUUUUCUCAUUAUUAUGAGAAUGCUGUCUCGCAAUUUAAAGAUAUAUAUUAAAGAAGCAUGACACGAUUUGGCUUUCGUAUAUUUUGUUUUAUUAUACGGGUUCAGGUUUAUGAAUAAGUAACAACUAUUUGUUGCAACGUAUUUAAUGUUUGAAAGUAACAAUUCCUAUUUUUAAAAAGUCGUGCUUAAUGGAAAACCCCAUCAAACAAAAAAUAUAUUUUGAAAGGUGAUGACCAGUUUCUGCCAAUGAAAUUAAAUUCUAAUCGGGUAAUGUCGUACGCGUGUUUCAAACAUGAUUUUGUUUUUGAAAACUGUUUUAAUUUUGUAUCAGAAAAAGUGUUUUAGAAUUGCUUUGUGUAAAUAUCGAAAGUAGUAGAUAUAACAACAUAAAUAGAAUAUACAGAUUAUGUAACAAUUGAAACAUGAAAGUAUUAGAAGAUGAAUAUAAUUCUUAUUAGUCUGUCCAAAGUGUAGAAAUUUGACUCAGAAAUAUUUGAAAAAUUUAAAUUUGAAAACAUCAUGUCUGUCCGAACAUAAUAAAAG